AUGAAAAACGAAACUGAAGAGAAAUUGAAACUGAAAUUGAACUGCUGAAUGUUUCUGUCUCUAGAGCUGCUUCAGCUGAAAACACCAUGCUGCCUGAAGUGGUGCAGAGUCCGAAGAGAAAACUUGCUGACUGUUACACUGGAGAUGUAGAUGUGCACUAUGAUGUCUGUACUGGAAGAAAACACAAAGCCGUCAAGUCCUGUCUGGAUUCUGACUGUCAGAAUCACCAUGAAAAUCGUGAGGUUUUCUUUAAAAGAGAGAGACAGAAUCUGAUUGAAGCCACUGGACGACUGCAGGAGAUGAUCUGCCAAACACAUGAUAAACUCCUUGAGAUUUUCUGCCGCACUGAUCAGAAGUUUAUAUGUCUGCUGUGUACGAUUGAUGAACAUAAAAACCACGACACUGUAUCAGCUGCAGCACAGAGGACAGAGAAACAGAACCAGCUGAAGGAGACGCAGAGGUUGUUCCAGCAGAGGAUCCAGCAGAGAGAGAAAGAUCUUCAGCAGCUGAGAGAGGCUGUGGAGUCUCAUAAGACAGCAGUGGAGGACAGUGAGAGGAUCUUCACUGAUCUCAUCCACUCCAUUGAGAGAAGCCGCUCUGAGGCCACACAGCGGAUCAGAGAUCAGGAAAAGACUGCAGUAAGUCAAGCUGAAGGACGACUGGAGCGACUGGAGCAGGAGAUCGAUGAUCUGAGGAGGAGAAACGCUGAGCUGGAGCAGCUUUCACACACACAGGAUCACAUCCAUUUCCUGCAGAGUUUCCAGUCUCUCUCAGCUCCUCCUGAAUCUACAGACGUAAAUGAUGAUGAUCCCUUCAGUUCUUUCUCCUCUUUUGAUGACAUCAGAGAAGCUGUACUUCAGUUUAGAGACAAACUGGAGAAUUUCUGCAAAGAGGAACUCAAGAAGAUCUUUGACCGAGAUGCGAAUGAACCGGAUCUGCAUUUUGACAUAGGGUCAGACCUCACCUUGGAUGAGAUUCUUGAAGCACUGCUUUCUGGAGAGAGUGUCCAGGAUAUUGUUCAUGUAGAUGGUGAUGUUGCAUCAGGAGAAUCUCAGGAAAAUCAGCCAGGUGAAUCUCCUGUCGUGGAAUCAGAGCACUCGCCAAACAGCGUCACUGAGAGUUCCAGCUCCUGUGUAUCUCCCCCAGAAGACCCCGUUCACGAGAUGUUCUGUGAUCCUAUUGUAUCACAUUCGCAAGCCGACGGAGAUGUUAACGAAUGUACCCUGUCCACGCCCAGACGUGGGCAUAAGCGCCUUAGGGAGGUAUACGGUGUAUGUGAGCUACCCAGCGCUUCACGUUUAAGGACGUUGGAAGAUAACGAACAAGAUUACGAGGAUAGAGGGCUAGAACUUCAUAAGGAAUCUCAGUUGGAUGUGUGCAAUGCUGAUGUUGACGAGUCCAGCUCGAAUGAGAGAGACCCAGGCCCUCCAAUCAAACGAUACAUGUCACGACUUAGUUACAGGAUAAUUAGGAAAAAGCACACUACCUCAAAGCCAGAAAAAAUACAUGAUGGCCAAAUGGAUGGCAAAACUGAACAUCGAGCAAAUAAAGAAGCAGAAGAAAAGCAGUUACUGAAAGACAAUAGAAAGUCUACAAGAAAAAACAAAACAGGCAAGUCAUGCCUUUGUUUUGAUUUUCUAUGUUGUCAUGAAAAACAUCAGCUUUUUUAAAGCUGUUUAAAACGUUUGAACAUAUAUAGUUUAUUAAACUUUAGCUAAACUGUUUGUGAAUAUUCAGUAUGUAUUUUUUUAUUUGAUAUCAGACAAGAAA